ACAAAGAUCCGUGGCUUGCAAUUUGCAUAAUGCAUAUUGCAGUAUUGCAUUGUGUAGUUCGUUGAUUCGCGUGUCACUGCGGACACAAUACUAAACAAAAUGUUUCAAUAUUAUUUUAAAUAAUCUAAUGCACAGGUAGAUAGUUCCUGCUUCUUUCAACAUUCUCAAACUCGCUCAUCUUCGUAUUAUUGAACCAGCGGAUUAUCAAUUAUAGAAUAUUAUUUCAACAUGCAACAGUGGUGGGAUAACGAUGGGUCGAGUGAUGAAGACCUCGAACGUCUAAAAUCUAAAGACACAAGAGAAUCCGAUAAUAGUGCCAAUAAAAUUGGCUCAUUGAAAGAAAAUACAUUUACUGUCGAAGCGGAGACAACUGUUGGUCAACAAAUAUGCGUGUCUGGCAACUGUGACGCUUUAGGUAACUGGAGUGUAAACGAAGCAGUUGUGCUAACUAAUACACAAAUGACUCGAGAACGAAACAAUCGUACUCAUUACAUAUGGACUGGGAAAGUAGAUUUACCUACAGACAAACAAGUACUAUUCCGGUACUUUGUCGCUUAUAUUUUAGAGCCCGACGGUGUUAAUAUAAAGAAAAGAAAUGUUUUAGUUCACUCGUGGGAAUCGCAUUACGAACCUAGAGUUGUACCAUGUAACGAUGAAGCCCAAGGAACUAGUUGUGAUUUAUACGGCAUACGAGAUGGAAGCAAACAAGUCAAUCGAGGAUUUUUGACUAAAGAAUAUGCAAUACAAUUCAAACUGUACAAUUAUCCGAUCAGAUUUUGGAAGUCAAAGUUGGAAAAUCAAUUGGACUUGGUGUGCGUUAAAGUUACACCCGUACAGUUGUCGAAACUUCCACCAGAGUCUGGCGAUGCGUCUCCAAGUAAUUUGUUGAGCGAAGAUUUGAGUUCGCGAGGAUCAAACGCAUUCGGAUGGCCGUUUGUAGAGGUUACGAACAUACCUGGUGACUAUAGCUUCCAGUUGCAAAAACAAUUUGGUACUCUUUUGAAAAAAGAUACUUUACAUAUUUAUCAAACUAAAGUCCAUAACUUUGCUCAAACGGGAUAUCUUUUCGAUAUUUAUCUUCAAAAAGAAAGUUUCGAACAGCCGCCGUAUCAUGUCGGUUUCACUUAUGUACUACCGAAUAGUAUGAAACACAGUACAGGAGUAAUAAUAGCACCUAUUACGAGCAUUCGCCAUCAACCUAUUGGUGAACUCAAAAUCGACUAUUUCAUCGUAAAGCCGUCAAAAAAUAUCGUUUGCACAAUGGAAAAAGUCAAAACCAUCGAUUGGAAAAGUUCAUACGAUCCGUUGGACAUUGGCCAUAGAGGAUCUGGUUCGACCUUUAAAAAACUUAUAUCCGACUGUUCGAAUAUACGUGAAAAUACGAUUGCGUCUUUGAGAGAAGCAGCUAAUAAAGGUGCAGAUUUCGUUGAAUUUGAUGUGCAACUAACUAAUGAUUUGGUGCCAAUUAUAUAUCACGACUUUAAAGUGUCGAUGGCUACUAGAUCGAAAACGGAUAUUUUGGCAGAAGACGUUGAAAUGAUUCAAGUACCUUUAAAACAGUUUUCUUUUGAACAACUUCAGCGAUUAAAGAUCUACCACGUCAAAGAACCUUACAGUUUAUCCAAAGGUCAUUUCUUAAACGAUACGCGAAACGACUAUCAACCUUUUCCAAAACUUGAAAAAGCGUUCACCAAUGUAGACGUCAACGUCGGCUUUAACGUAGAGUUAAAAUGGACCAUGGAGUUACAGGACGGAUCGUAUGAACUUGAAAAUCCAUUCGAUAUGAAUUUAUUUGUCGACAAAAUUCUGCAAACCACUUUUGAACACGCAAAUACCCGAAGCAUAGUGUUUUCUUGUUUUCAUCCUGACGUUUGCACAAUGCUCAGAAUGAAGCAAAACAAAUAUCCCGUUAUGUUCUUAACACAAGGCGUGACCAAACGGUACCCUUCGUACGAAGAUCCUCGGUGCCAUACUAUACAAUCGGCUGUAUACCACGCUGCGUGUCACGACUUAAUGGGAAUCAAUGUGCAUUCAGAGGAUUUAUUGCGCGACCCUUCUCAAAUAAGUAUGGUUAAAAAAACUGGAUUAGCGUUGUUUUGCUGGGGCGAUGAUAACAACUGUAAAGAUGUGGUAAACGAGUUCAAAAGACUAGGCGUAAACGCUAUAAUAUACGACAAGUUGGACAAGAGUGAAUUUAAAAAAUCCAAGUGCUCUUCGGAUAAGCCGACCUUUUUUAUCACGGAAGACUGUUGUGAUCAAAAUUUACUGUUUAUUAAAAAGGACGAAGUGUCUACACUACAAAUGAGCGAAGUGGAACAGAACGAUAAAAACAAAUACGUUAUGGACAUUGGGAAAAAUGGCUUUAAAAAUCAAUGUGCGUCCACUAUUUCCUUAUGGAACGAAGAAUGUAACGGAAAUCUUAAAAAUGCCGCUUCGAAAAUACAAAGGUUUGACAACGAUGAAGGAGCGCAAGAAAAUCACGUAAUGCCAUCAUCGUCAAAAAAAUUAAAGUCUGAUGAAUGAUCGCGUUUUGCCAAAUAAAUCUUUGAAGACUUUCUCUACAUACAUAUUUAAAUAAUCAAAAAAUAUUUGGGGCUUAAUUUUUAUUACACAUCUUUUAGGGUACGGUUUUUUACCCACUAAAGAUCACUAAUAAUCUUAUUUAUUUUUGGCUGUUAUUUAUUUUAUAUUCAUAGCUCAUAUUAAAUUUAUAUUUUAUAUAAUAAAGAAUUAGGCUAUAUUUGGCUGUUGAAUUAACUACGUUAGGUUGUUGAUUGUGAUGUUAAAUUAAUUAGUAAUUAAUGUAAACUUAAAUAUCUUCCCCAGAUUAUUAUUUAUAUAAU